GACCAACGACUGAUCAUUCUCUGGGUCAAUGCCGUCCUUAUUACAUUUACUUUGUGUGCGGUCGUCUCCAGAGCAGGACGUAAAAUAUUCGUUGUCGGGAACUUUGGCAUGCACGAUGGCCUCAUUGUACUCGCUGCCGUAUCUGCUACCGUAUUCUCCAGUUUCCAGAUGGUCAGCACAGGGCUCGGACUAGGCCUCCACCAAGCCGACGUCGACCCAGCAAACAUGCCCGAGUUGAGAAAACUCCUACUAACCUCCAACGUCUUCUAUUUCCUCUGCAACUGGGCCAUCAAACACGCCCUCCUCCUCUUCUACUCCGAAAUCACCCGCGAGCGCACCCACCGCAUAGCAAUCUACGCCAUGCACGGCGUCGCCUUCAGCUUCGGGCUUUCCAGCGUGCUCGUCGACCUGCUGCGGUGCCGUCCCUUCAAGAAAGCGUUCUAUCCUGACAUCGAAGGGUAUUGUUUCAAUAUGGAUGCGUUUUAUUUGUACAAUUCGAGCAUGAUGCUUGCGACGGAUGUCGUGCUGUAUGCGAUGCCGGUGGUGUUUACUAGGAAUCUUAUGUUGAGGAGGGCGCAGAAGGUGGGACUAAAUUGCUUGUUUGCGUUGGGUGGGCUCGUCCUAGCAGCCAGCGCCGCACGCGUAUGGGCCAUCUACAUUGGCGCCGUGAAGCCUGAUUUCACGUUUCGCUUUGCAACCACGAUGCUCUUCUCAGUAACCGAAAACCACAUUGCCAUCCUCGUGGCCUGCGCCCCCUCAAUUAAAAUCGUCGCCCUCCUCGUCUUCCCCAAACUCACUUCCUCCCUCGGCAAAUUCGCCUCG